UGUUCAGUCUGCCACAAAAGCUAUACCUAUCAAACUGACAUAUUUCUUUCUUUUUAUUGUCGGUUUUGGAAUUGCAGAGACUUCCAGGGACAGAAUAAAACUGAAUUUAUGUCUAUUAUGUUCGUUUCUCCUGUUGACGGUCUCUCAAAUUGUCGCUAGCGUGAACUUGUAUUUCUGUUGGGGAUCUUUUCAAAAUAUGGUUUAUACACUGAUAAAUGCCUUCACGAAUGCAAUCGUCACAGCAAAAUUUGUUACCUUCAUGAUUCGAAGGGACGAUUACGUUAAACUUCUUCAACUCUCAUGUGAUUCACUUUGGAGACCAGACGCAACCGGAGAUGAAGCACCAGUGUUAAAGCAGUGCGAAAAACAGGCAAAGUUCUGCGUCAUUUUUUUUGCCAUCUUUGCCCAAAUCACUGGUUGGGUAUACAUUACCGAGCCCAUAAUUAUCAAUCUACUAAAUAAUAGUACAGAUCCGAAGGAUCGGGUAUUUCCAUUUGACGUCUGGCUAGAAGUACCUGUUUAUGAAACCCCAUUUUUUGAAAUUCUAUUCUUCAUUCAGUCGGCGAUGACUUACCACGUGUGCAUUUUGUACUGCUGCUUCGAUAAUUAUCUCGCGAUCGCGAAUAUUUUUAUUGCAGGUCAUUUUACAAUUCUCAGGAAUCGAUUAACCGCUUUAUACAACAGAGAAGUCAAUGGUUCAAAGGGGAAUCAUGAUAGAAACCGGAAUGACUUGAAUCUCGUAUUUAGUGAGUUCAAGGGAUGUGUCAGGCAGCACCAGUUUCUGAUUCGUGUUGUGGAACAGGUGGAGAGUGUUUAUACUCUGAUGAAUCUAGCUUCGGUUCUCAUCUACAGUAUCAUUAUUUGCCUCAUCGGUUAUCAAUUGAUUAUGCCAGGGAAUACUGUCCUCAGACGCAUAAAAUUCACGGGUUUUGUCUCUACAUGUCUGAGCCAACUACUUUCUUUUGCAUUUACUUGCAACAAUGUUUCACUGGCAAGUGUUGAUGUCAGUGCAGGGCCUUACAAUUCAGAUUGGUAUGCUACUGACUGUAGCAAAUUGGGACGGAUGUUGCGGAAAGACUUUAUCAUAAUUAUGCUGAGGUCUCAACGUCCCUGUUAUCUCACAGGAGCUGGAUUCUUUCCGGUGACACUGAAUACAUUGAAAUCGGUACUCUCUACGGCUCUCUCGUAUUUAACUUUGAUCAGGCAGAGAUCCAUGCAGCAGUAGAAGUAGACAGCACUGAUAAGAGUAGAAAUUCAAUAAACAACUGAGU